AUGGAUGACUCGACAUCCAUCCAAGGGUCUUCUUGGGUCCAUUGUUACCUUGAUGAUCUGAUGCUGAAGGUAAAGUAUCGCCAGAGACUCCAUGAGAUUGAGCAGGAAGUUCAUAGAGAGCUGAGCGUGACACCAAGCCAAUAUCACCAGUCUCCAGGAGAGGUAACCAUGGAGGGGCAGCAGCUCCUGACUGACAAGGCCAAGCCAUCGGUUCCUUCCCAUGAGCCUCUUGGUUCUGUAGCUCUGAUGAGUGGCGACACAGCAGAUAUUCUCUCAGAGAAACAGGCCCAACCUGAGAUCAGGUCAGAUGAGAAGCUCCAGGUGGAGUUCCUCAGCCAGACCCAGGUGGAGAUUCCACAAGAGGUCAGGGAGGUCAUGGACAGCCUGCUGGACAAGGUGGCAGAUGGAGAAGCCCAGGAGAAGAAUGCUGAGGUCCUCGUGGCAAACCUGAACCCCUAUCCUCCCUCAUCCUCAGAAGUUUAUGUCAUACGGGACCUGGACAGCCAGGUAGACAAGGCAAAGGAGGUUGAGGCCCUUGACCUUAGCACAUGUCCCAUACUCCAAACGGCCCUCACAGACACUGACACCGUGAUGAAGACUGCAUACAAGAUCAUGCCGAAGAAGAUUGUGGUACUUGUUUCCACCAUCAAGCAUAUCAUCACCCAGGUGCUUCUUCAAGUAGAUCCCCAAGCCUUUCAGGGGGGAGUGUAUUUGGAGACACCUGCUAUCAUCAAUGACACCCAAGCUCUUCUGUGGUCUAUUCCCUGGGUCGAGGUCACUGAGGAGGAGCUGUUGAACGGUCAGCAGUCCAUUGAUGCUUAUGAGGUGGCUAAGACUGUCAUCAACAACCUUGAGCAAGUGCUAGGCCCGAAACCUGUGCUGGCGAGAGCACUGGGAAUCGGGUCACACAUCUUGACAAGGUACAUUGUUCAUCUCGUAGGUCUAUGCAUUGCUAAGACAGUGCCCGUUGUUUAUGCUGCCAAUGAAGAGGAGAGACGUAUUAGUCAGGAUAUGGUGAACAUCUGUCCUCUACCUGCUAGAUUGAUCAUUAGUGGAGAACUAUUCAGUGACUUCGUAGUGAAGUUUAUUCUAAAACUUCAUCCAAUGAACGGACGCGGUACUAAACAGCUUGACCAACAGGCUCUGCUCUUACUGGUCGUUAAAAUGGCCUCGGUUGCUUUUAACAUCUUGAGGAAGAUUCCAGGUAUAUCUGUGGAUGAAAAUCUGUGCCCCCCCUUAUGCAACAUGAGAAAGACAGUGUUGCACAUGCAGAGUGCCAUGAUACAUCAGUUUGGCACGACAAUCAAGAUAAAAAAACUGGUUGCCAUGAAGGACACGGUGAUCAUCUCCACCAUCCCCAGCGCUAUCUGUGAGGGGAUCCUGAUGGUGUACAAGGGCAUCAGUGACACCUAUCCGCUUCAAGUCCUCGGCCCACGGUGUCCAAUAGCUAGGAGCUGCGAAGAGGCUAUGGAGAGCAAACUCUUUGCAGUAGCCCUACCCGAGGACCUUAGGAAGACCAUCUACGAUCACUACGGGUCCUGGGUCGGGAAACUGGCACUGUUCCUGAAGGCUUUCCCCCUGAAUGACCGCAUCAAGUUGGAAUACAUCCGUCGUGUUUCUCUGCCUCGUUCCUCCAACAGAGAUGUAGUCUGGAUCGACCCCAAAUACUUUGUUGGGGACGACGAUGAAGAGGUUGUGACAUCAAGCAACACAAUGCCUGAUAAUCCUCUUGCUCUCGACGUCAGUCAGGCUGCCUUUUUGAAGCAGUUCCCACAGACUGAUGUUUUCGAGGUAACCACAAAGGACUGUGGAAAGCCUGUGCAAGAACCGGCUCGGACGGAGACCGAGAGGAACAAACCAAAGAUGACAAACCUUGAUAUUGUUCCUGUUAUUCUUGUCAGGAAAGUCUUUGACUCUGUUUUUGCAGAUUCAUGUACAAUCAAGCAGCAAUACGGUUCAUGGGAAGACGUCUCACUUUGCAAUGAUAUGGUAGAGCACAUACAUAUCCAGGUUCAGAAAGAGGCAUUGAAAUACCAAAACCAAAGACUGUUCUUACGCACUCUGAGGAAGCUCAACGAUGAGCCGGACAAGAUUCGGCCAAAUUCUUAG